AUUACUAUGUCAAAAUCUUAAAAUAUAAAAGCAUCUGAACGUGAAAGGCAUCUCCAAAAUGGAUCCAUAUGUGUUCAUUUCCGGAUCCGAAGAUGCAGAAAGACACAUCACUGCUGUCUGAUAUUUGUACUUGUCCGUCUUAAUUUGGCACGAAGCAGAAAUCUUGUGUGCAUUUUGAGCGAAAUCGACAUAUAAUUUUGUGAUGUCUUUAAGAGAUAAAGUUGAGGGACACGAACUCGAUUUGAGUUUAAAUGUGCUGACAGAAAUACCUGUCAAAGAAUUGGCUGCUGCAUCCAAAGCAACUCAUUUGGAUCUUUCAUGCAACCAAAUUCAAUCUAUACCGAAUGACUUUGCUACAUUAACACAUUUAGUGAAGAUUGAUUUGAGCAAGAAUAAAAUUAAAGAGCUUCCAGCUAACUUUGGAAAUCUCAUUAACUUGCAAUAUUUAGAUCUGUAUGGAAAUGAAAUUACUAAUCUGCCUGUUAGUUUUAGUAGACUAAAAAAUUUGAAAUGGUUAGACCUGAAAAACAAUCCCUUGGAUCCUAAACUGAAAAACGUGGCUGGUGAUUGCCUAAAUGAAAAGGAAUGUCAAGCAUGUGCAAGAAAAGAAUGUCAAGAGUGUGCAAGAAAAGUUGUUGCUUAUAUGCAGUCAAUUGAAUCUGAAUUAGAAAGAGAAAAACAGAAAAAACUAAAAGCUACUAGAGAGAAAGAAGCUAUUGAAAGAGCCAAAAUUGAGCGAGAAUUAGAAGAACAGAGGCGAUUAAAAAAAGCUGAAAAGGAAAAAAGAAAAGCCGAGUCAAAGGCUAAAAGAGAAGCUCGGGAUUUGCAACAAAAUAUUCGGAGCAGCCAUGAAAGAAAUUCAAAUGUAGAGAAUAAGACUGAUGAUGGACAAUUCAAGGGAGACGAAGGCAAAGGUAUAAGUUGCAUCCAAAUCUUCAUGUACAUUAUUUUAGCUGCAUGUGCCAUUGCUGUAAUAGGUUAUGCAUGGGGAAUCCAUGUUGGAUACUUCUCUGUACCGGAUGUCAAGCCUGUUACUGAAAAAAUUGCAGUGGCUUUACAUUUUUUUAUUUCUGAAGUUAUAGAAUUAGUUAGAUUUUAUGCGCCCAAAGUUAAAGGAUUCUGUUUAAAAAUUAUUCAUCGUUAUAUGACAAAUGUGACUUAUUUUGCAUCUCAGAUUGAACAUAUCCUUGCUCUUUAUUUUCAUUAAUAUGAUUUUGUUAUUAUAAAUCGUCUCUAAUUCUAGAUUUGUUUUUAAUUUUGCUUGUAUAUUUGCGAUGAAUUUUGAAAUACAUUUCUUUUUUACUGGC